AUGCCUGCACAUCAACGACCGUUAUCUUAUAUAUAUACUACAACUCCUUAUACUAUUCCUGCUUAUGGAACUGUAUCAACUCAGCCAAUUCUAUUAAAUGUUAAUUGGUAUAGUUCAUGGCCAAGUAUUGGAUCAAUAAUUAUAUCUGUUACCAUGGUGAUUUUCAGUUCGACUAUUAUUGGUCUUGAUAUUGCUAAUAUAGCUAUUGAAGGAAACAAACAAAAUGGAACUUCUAAAUUAGGAUUAGGAACAGCAACUGUUGGUGCCGGUAUUUGGAGUGGAUCUAUAUCAUUUCUCGCUGCUAUUUUUAUUAUUGCCAUUAUAUUUAUACAAAAUAAACGUGUUGCUGCUACAUCUGCAUUAUUGGCAGUUACUUUGGCUUUCUUAUUUACUAUUGUUCUCGUUGGUUUAGCUGGUAAUUCAGUACAAAAUAAUCUAUCUAAAACUGAUCGUACAAAUGUGGAAAAAGUACAAGACAAACUUUUAAUUGCUAUACUAUCUCUUGCUGUAUUGGUCAUGAUACUUUGCAUGAUAUUUUUUAUUAUGUAUACGAAAGUCUUAUUUUCAUCAUCUACUCAAAAAUUAAUAAUGCGUUAA